AUGAAAGGCCGGCCUCGGCUCCGUGUAGAUCCAUGCAGGUUCUGCGGCAAAGAGUUCAAGCGACAGGAACAUCUGGAGCGUCAUAUCCGAACCCAUACCCACGAGCGACCAUUUGCAUGUCCAUGCGGCCGGAAGUUCUCCAGACAAGACCUACUCAAGCAUCAUCGGCAGCUCGCCCAGUGUUCGCAUGCGCGCCAGGAGGGAGAUUCCAGCCGCCAGCCUUCCUUAAUUGACACUAUCAUUGUUCAUCCAUCUUUGCUGGGCAAUGAACAGAACCAAACUUCCUGCUUUGAUGACUCCUUGGCGGCAGCCUCACUCCCUUUCCAAAGCCCUGACUUCGGCAUAUCCAGUCAAGCACCAGGUGCAGAAACUAGACGAAGCAUCUCAAGCAAUAAUGCCACAGAAUACUCUCAGCAGCAGCUCAUGGGGAAGUUCUCUAUACGUGAUCCCAUUAUGGGCGGCCCUGAGGAUAGCGUUGGCUUCACCCCCCAGGCAUCUAAUCUUAUGGCUCCCCAUCAGCCAAGCGAAGAACUACAAAUAGAACCAAGCGGUGAUUUUGUACCGCUCCAGUCGUUUGACAUGGACUUUCCUUUUAACGAAACGGACAUGAUCAAUAAUUAUCUCAUGGGUGUUUUCACCCCAAUAGACUAUCAAGGAAGCGUCAGUGAGAAGGCAUCACCCAUAUACGCCGAAUUUCCUCCAAAUCCAACUGGCGCUCCUACAUCAGCAGAUGCCACCCCGAAUGAUUCGACAGUGAGCUUGGGCCGGGAUCUUGCGAGCCAACCCCAGACUACGAGUCAAUCACAAGAUACAGCCGCCCGCAUGCAGGUUGAUCAAAACACAAUUGCUGGGUCACUGGAUGCCAUCGACGACAUCGCGCCAACGAACCCAUGGGCCGUAUCUGCUGUCGCCUAUGAGAAGCUGUCCGCGGAAGUCGCAAAACACAUGGACGUGUUGCCCGAACCUUUCUCUCUUCCAGGUCGGCACACUCUAUCGAGAUAUGUAUCCAGCUGGAUCCGUAGUUUCCACCCCCAUCUGCCUUUCAUCCAUCUCCCGACAACAUGCUUCGAGUUCCGGACGCCCAUGUUGCUGUUGACUCUUGCUGCUACGGGGUCAUUCUACGGAUUUGAACAUACACACGGGUACUCCAUGUACUUUCUAGCAAAGUCCAUCAUCAUGAAAGAGCUCGAAGAGCGCCGUCGCAAAUCGACAUUACACCUUCUUCGGAGUUUCCCCCGUUACGCAGAACUUCACACCAGCUCCUCAGUAGCCAGCAGCACACCUUCACAGGCAGAAACACCACGCCAACCAGGCUCCGCGGCUGCAGACGUGGAGCUGCUCCAGGUCUUGCUGGUUCUUGUCCUUACAAUGUCCUGGCUCGACGGACCGCUGGCCCAAGACGCCUUGGCCAUGAGCAGCCAACUUGCUGAACUCACCCGGGACGUCCUGAAAUGUCCGCCGGUGCAAAGCGCAACCGACUCAUGGAGGGAUUGGGCACGCGAGGAAGAACGGCGACGCACACUCUUCUCGGCCUAUUUCGUGCUCAAUAUCUUAACAAUCUGUUUCAACGUCCCUCCGCAGGUCCUCAGUUCCGAGAUCGAAUUGCCACUGCCAUCCUCCGAGGCCGAGUUCAGCGCAACCACACCCAACGCAUGGCGUAGUCUGAGGCAGAAGAAUAACCUAUCCCGGCUGACAUUCCAAGACCACCUUAAGCAGCUUCUCUCCGGGAAGCCGCUCGCCAAAGAGGACUCGGCGACAGAGUUCGGAAACUACAUGCUCAUCCAGACCCUGCUGAUCCAGCUCUACUUCGAACGCCAAAUCGCAUCCUCGGCCCUCAGCCCAUCAGCAACCCUCCCCACCGCCACCAUCUCACUCUACAACAACGCCUUCAGCGCAUGGCAAACAUGCUGGGACUCGGCCAUAGAAUCCGCCCUUGAUCCGUCCUCGCCCCACGGUCCCCUAGCGUUCAACUCAACGGCCAUCCUCCGCCUCGCGCACGUCCACCUUGGCGUCGGCCUGCAGAGCCAGUGCGCCCUCCGCUCGCGGGACCCUCGAGUCAUCGCCCAGGCAUUCGAGGCACGCCACGACUCCAUCCCGCUGGGCGCUCCGCACCUCGACCAGGCGGUCCUGCAGGCCAUCUGCGCGCUGAGGAUUCCCGUCCGGGUCGGGAUCGCGUUCGUGGCGCGCGGCCGGACGGGACAUUGGAGUGUCCAGCAUGCGAUCAGCAAUUUUGCCUGCGCGCUGCUCCUCACGCACUGGUUUGAGAAGGUUUACCAGCAGGUGAGUUGUGACGGGUUGGGGGCCCUGAGGGGAGAGGACAAGCGGUUGCUGAGCAUGGUCGAGCGGCUGAUUGAGGAGACUCACCUGGAGGGGACUUUGGGCGGCAGGGAGGAUGCGGCGAGGCGGAUACGGCUUCUGUCCAUUGCUGCGUUGAACCUCUGGGCGGAGACGUGCAAGGGGAUUCAGGUGUUUGAGAUUGUUAAUGUGGUGGGAGAGACGCUUUCGCUUGUGGCAGAAUCGCUUGGGGGCCGGCUUUAG